AUGGCUUCCUACAAGUCACAAAUCAAUCCUCCGCAACGGACGGAGGACCGUGUGCCCACCACUCGACUACCGCAACGAUCCGUCACUCCUACCACAAUCACAUCCCAAUCACACAUUGCCAGUCAGCCCAGGUUGCAGAAGAGGAGGCUUACACGGGAUGAACAAGUGUACCCAAGCAGAGGGAUAGUGAGUGAACAAGGGCCUGCGCGGAAAAUUGCCUCACGACCGGGAAACGCUGGCUUCGCUUUACCCAUGACUUCCCAUACCUUAAGCAUACACCGUUCGAGACCAACGCCACAGAGCUCGAUAUCGCGCCUACCCAAGCUUGAGGUUCCAUUCAGCAUACGUACACCAUCCCUCGCCUCUGGCUCAUCUGCAUCGACCAUCGAAAGUCCACAAUCGAAUGUACUCAGAAGGCAACAGACCAACGUUGGAACAACAAGCAGCCAGCAAAUCCCGCGCAAUAGAAACGACUCAAUGUCAUCUCAAGAAGACAGGCAGCUAACAGAAGGCAUACCUGGUGGAUACAAAGAUCCAUUCUCCGAGACUGUCUUGGGAAUAUCAUUGCCACCGUCUUCGUCUAUACUGGCUCGAUCAGAAUCUGGCGUCGAGGGGUUUGGGAGAGGGGUUUAUGACUAUGAGAUUGGGCCUACGGACAUCCUACCCCUCCCGAUACCACAGUAUGCGCUCUCUGCGACACCCUCGACACGUUAUACUGGGUCACCUGCAUUCAGCAUCUCGUCAACGCCCACGUCCAUGUCUUCAUAUUCUUCUCCUGGUGUUGCUUCAUCAAAAACCUCGAUACGAAUAAGGCAAGCAAGCCCGUUACAAAGUAGACCACCGGUCACUAGACACAAGACUCCCGAAGAAGUCAACAUUCGAACUCCUCAUGGGCUCUCCACGGUUCGUGAGUCUUCGACGUCCUCAUCGUCAACCUCAACUGUGAAGGCAGAGAGCGGAAGGCACAAUGAGAAUCCUUCGCCGAAUCGACUCGCAACUCUGUCUCAGGGUGUAUCAACACGCAGUACCACGCAGGUUCUGUCAGAACGACCGCGUUUUCAAGCUCCCCCGGAAUUUGCUCAUUUAGCCGAUCAGUCCCCAAUCUCGCCACCAACAACUCGACGACCCUCAAGACCAAGCAGAGAUGGAACACCUGAGAUUAUCGGGCUUCGGGGCCCUUCUCCCAUAAUCCAAAGCAACAUGGCUAGCUUCCCUUCGCCACACAAGCGUACAGUUUCCACCGAAUCCAAAUCUGGGAUAGUUGCAGUUGCAAAACCCCGAAUGGCUCUUCCACCAAGAUCUUCAUCUCGGCUUCCUUCACCAAAUCCUGCGUCGAGCGUUCCUUUAUCAUCUCGCGCGCCCACCCGUGGGCCGACACCAGAUAAUCAGAACGAUCGAGACACGCGACGCUCUAGCACGACCCCCGCUCCCGCGCCUCUGCCUAGCCCAAGCAAGACUUCCAGGUUUGGAUUUUUCACCCGACGUGCGAAAACCGAAUCUACUCCCCCUGUAGUAAGAUCGGAAAGCAAACUUCAGCGACGAGGUCCGGUAGCGGGCACAGGUCACGAAGGAUACGGCAAGUACGCGGUGAGGGGCCGAAGUGGAAGUUCUGUCAGCACGAACAGCAUCGGACGGUCAGUCAGUGCUGGGACUACAUCCGAAAGCUUUGACAACACCCCAUCAACUCGGAAAAGCAGUUUGACUAGUACUACUAGCGCGGAGAUGGACGACUUCUUCUUGCACAGACUUGCGCCUGUCGUCAUUCGAGGUGCGGGGAGCAGUACAGAACUGACCAGUAGUCCUGAACCUAUGCAAAGCACUAGUAGUUUCGAUGUCUCUAUCCAACCCAAGUCGAUCUCGAAAACAACAUCGAUCAGCGUCUCUCAGUCAGCCAUCGAAAAAAACCGGCCAACGCUGUUACCCUCGGCUAUGCCAGAUACGAUGCGUGGAGAAUCGCCAAUGAAGAAGUUGCAAGUAGGAGUGGGGAGGCCAUCGGAGAGCGACGACGAUUCCAAGCGAUCUUUCCUUCCGACUCUAGCAUCAAGACGAACAUCACGCACCUCCAAUGCUGUGGAAAAACCGAGCGUCCCCAGCACUCUGCCAGGAAGCCGUGUAAUGGAGAAAGUGCGCAAGAAUUCGACGGCUGACUCUACAACUGAGAGUAAGGAGAGCAAGUGGUUGAAAUCGUCAAAGAAGACCAAGAACGAGAAGGAACAACCCAAGUCUUCGAAGAGGUGGAAUUUCUUCCAGCGUGCCCAUGCAGCUCCCCGAGUUGAUGCGCCUGCUGUGGACUUGACUAACGAUGUUGCUCAAGCAUCUGUCUCCCGGUCUGUCGCGCAUUAUGCACUCCCGGACGCACAAGGUGUUGACUUGGAAGACAUCGAGCAAUUGAUGAAGGAAGUAGCCGAGGAAGGGACGGAGAGCGCGCUUUCCGAUAAUGAGUCUGUGAGGAAAGAGCGAAUGCGGUCCAUGCUGCUGCCACCCAAACCAAUACUCCCAGCCACUUUUGCAGUACCUACACGUUCUGCUUCGCCCAAAGUUUUCCUGCGCCCUGAAGUUCAGCUGUCGCAGCAGCGUCGCCAACUCACAAUCAAUACCGAUGUUCAGUCCAUGCCACAACCCUCAAACCGUCAAUCGCUAGCGGACUUGACCCCUUUCACCGACCUCUCGCCACCUUCGUCGCCUGCGAGGCGGUCUUCGCUGGUGCAUGAUGUUACACUACCAGAGAGGACCCCUGUAUCUGCUUUCACUUCGCCUUUUCAAUUCGACUCAUUGCCUCCUCAAAGUCUGCCUCUGCCUGGCCCACCGCCUAUCAGCCCUCCUCCGAGGCCGAGUCGAUUGCCUCAGGUGGGUCGUAUACCCCAGGUUGUCUCGAGUCGUCGUCAACCUCACCAACCUUCUUCAAGGUCAUUCUCCCGCCCUUUCGUGUCAGACAAACCUCGACCAACCGCUCUGCCUCGAACAUCGUUCGAUUCCAUUGGCUCGGUGUUUGCUACUGCUGGUCCAAUCGAGCCAUACCCUGUCCUGCAUGGUCUCAACGCUCUCUCCCAUUCAUCGGCUAUCGCGACUAUCAGCCCUCCCUCUGACGAGUUUAGUUGCCAAAGCGAGUUCUUCAAGUUUCCGGCUCGUAAAGACUCUGAGGUCUCGUAUUCCAGCAGUUCGGGAAUUUGGAGCUUCCCUCCUACCGCCGACACGGCUGUCGUACCUGUUUCGGCGGCCCCGCUUUCCGAGGACGAACUGUGGAACGAAUAUGAUGACUUGAUUGAUGAAGUGCUUUCACCUGCUAGUUCUCGCACAAGCAAAGAUGGUACUAAAAUUCGGAGCCAACACUCUUCUCUUGAGCCUCUCCCUCUGGAGAUGAGGGGAUCGCGUCCAUCUUUGCAGCCCGGAUUACUCACAGACAAGGUAUCUAUCCCAUCACUACAUCUUCGACGGUCUCGACUUCUCGCGGUCUUACACUCAACGCAAUCUCCAACCUCUCCAAUCUCUUUGUCUGAGUUCAUUCAAGACUAUGGGGAACGCAAGAUUAGUGUCGUGGAUCCCGUCACUGGUAGAUUAAGCUUGCCAGCCAGCCCUCGGUUGUCUACAGGCUCAGCUACCAAGCGUUCAACUCGCUCCAGUCUGCCAGUAUCCAUGACGUUGAGCGCACGGCAGUCGAGAGCUACAAGCAUCUCAAAGCCAGACACGGACCGCAACAGUGCCGGUGCGAACAGGUACAGAGAUUCGCGUCUGAUGGAAGUUGCUGAGACUCAAGCGGAUGGACUGGUGUCUAUGGCCAACUUGCGAUUCGGUGCUCUGAUGACAAGCAAGUGGCUUUCAUUCGGUCGUGUUCUCUUCAGCCCUGUCCACUUCGAGCUCAAAGAUUCUCGCGAAGACCGUAUCCUUGUCAUCGAUGGUCUUGGAAAAGAUUGGUCCUAUUACUGCGCUUUGACCUACCCUGAAGCUGCAGUGUACGACAUUGGGCCCGGGGCUUCUUCAUCGACCGUACCAACAGACAAUCCGUCUGAGCCGUGGUCGACGCUUCCCAAUCAUCGCCACAUUUGCCAUCCCUCACUCACCACCGCAUUUCCCUACCCCAUGAACUUCUUCGCAUGCGUCGUUCUGCGCUUUCCGUCUGCGCUUCCUUCCUCGGUUCAUAAAUUUCUCUUGUCCGAGGCUAGGCGGGUGCUACGACCUGGAGGUCACCUUGAGUUCAGUGUCCUUGACCUCGAUCUUGUCAAUAUGGGCAACCGGGCUCGCCGUGCAGUUCGUGGACUGAAAAUGAAGAUCAAGGAGGUGGACGACAGCAUCUCUCUCCGCAACAUCAGCGAUGAAAUCAUGGCUGGUUUGGGGAGGAAGGGAUUCACGGAAUGCAACCGAUGUGUUGUGGGUGUACCUGUCGCUGGCAAACUCCCGAUACCCGAAGAUGCCAAUCUCCCAGAGACGAGAAGAACGAGCAGUAAGAUUAAGUCCCGAGGACCAAAACCUGAGCUUUCUUUCUCCGACCUUCUCAACGGAUCAUCCCCAUCUGAGUCCACAGAUACCGGUAUCGCUGAUAUGGUGGCUCGUGUUGGUCGCUGGUGGUACUCGCGCUGCUACGAAUCAAUUGUGCUCCCCGAGGCCCAAGGCUCCGAUGGCACACCCUCUGGUAACAUGCUCGAAAACAGCAUCUGGCGCGACGAAGCCCUCAUCACUGAAUGCGAAAAGCGUGGAACGAGUUUCCGUAUGCUCAUCGGCUAUGCCCAGAAGCCUGAAGUCGACGUCCGACGCACAGUUAGCGUUUGA